CAGAGCCAUUGGCCAUUCUAUGGUAAAUCAGUCAAUAAUCAUAUCAUCAACAAUGGUGUUCGAAAAUCCCAAGAUCGAGGUUCCUCCCAAUUGCGGCCGGCGGCUGAUGCCUACCGUGUUGGAUGAGGUUGCGGAAAGUGAUCCCCAGCGCGUGUUCGUCUCCGUGCCCAAGAGCGCAAAUCUCGCCGAUGGGUUUGAAGAUAUCACGUUCAGCACCUUUGCCAAAGCUGUUAACAAAUGCGCGUGGUGGAUCCGCGAGCAAUUGGGGGAGAAGUCCAUGCCGAAGACCAUGCUCUACAUGGGCCCAUUGGACGUUCGGUACCUGAUCAUUAUCUUAGCGGCUGCCAAAGCAGGCCACAUGGCAUUUUUCAGCUCCCAACGUAACAGUUUGGAAGCUCACCUCUCUCUGCUCGACAAUUGCGGAUGUGACACAGUCCUAAUCCCCAGUCGCUCACCCGCAAUUCUCAAUUCCAUCCUGGCCGCUCGGCCAAUGCAGGAGAUUUCCACUCCCGAAGUCGAUUUCUUUUUUGAGGACCUAGACCAGGUCAAGCCGAUGCCAUUCAAUCUCACAUGGGAGGAGGCUAAGACUAAACCUUUCUGCGUUUUGCAUACUUCCGGGUCGACUGGCAUCCCCAAGCCGGUCUUCGUCACAUACGGCACUUUUGCCAGCAAUGACGCGCACCAACUCAUCCCGUCCCUGGGAGGAAAACCUACACUGAUCAACUACCUAUCUGGCCAACGCCUUUUCCUAGCUCUACCCGUAUUCCACGCCGCAUGCCUCACCUUCACACUUGUCUUCAACAUUUUCGGCGGGGUGACCUGUGUGCUCCCACCCCCGGGCCCACUUACUGCAGACCUAGCCAACGAAGUCUUCCUACAUGGCAACCUCGAUGGCGCCGUGAUGGCCCCCUCCCUCAUUGUCGACUGCUACAACAACAACAAAUACUGCGUGAACAUGGUCCAAAACCUCAAGUUUCUCGCCUAUGUGGGUGGAGCCUUACCUGAGCCCGUCGGUAACGCACUCACUACCCGCAUUAAGCUGCUCACAAUGAUGGGCUCCUGCGAGACUGCGCUGCACCCACUGGAGCUCAAUGAAAGCCCCGACGACUGGCAAUACCUGACCAUCAGUCCCUGGCUCGGCCACAGCUUCCGUGAAGAUCGUGAUGGGCUCUCGGACCUUGUCUUUGUUCGUGACCUAGAUUCAAAAUAUGAGCCAUUCCAAGGCGUCUUCCGCACUUUCCCUGAUCGAUCUGAAUUCGCCAUGGGCGAUCUUUUCGAGCAGCACCCCACUCGGCCAGAAGCGUGGGUUUUCCGCGCCCGCACAGAUGAUAUUAUUGCGUUUACCACUGCGGAGAAACUGAACCCAAUCACCAUGGAGAGUGUUAUUGCCACAAACCCCAAGGUCAAGGGCGCCGUCGUGGGCGGACAGGGCCAGUUCCAAGCUUCAGUAUUGAUUGAGCCGUACAACCAUCCCACCAACAAAGAGGCGGAGGAGAGCUUUAUCAGGGAUAUUUGGCCUAGUAUCCUUCAAGCAAAUCGCGAUUGUCCAGCUCAUGGGCGCAUCAUGCGCGGGUUUGUCAUGUUGACUAAGCCCGAGAAACCGAUGCCGGUGGCCGGAAAGGGGACUGUGCAGCGGCACCAAGUAUUGAAGCUGUAUGCGGAUGAGUUCCGGGAGUUGUAUGAGCGAAUGAAGCCUCAUGUGAAGGAGGUAGCUGUCGAGAAGGAGCCACAGCCCCAGAUCAAUGGGGCCAGUGAUGACCUGGAUCGUAGGGUUCAAGAAGCGCUGGACCGGGUACUGCCAGGCGCGGUUGAGAAAGCCGUGCAGGCUGUGUUGGCUAAGAUGCUAGCUGGAUUCUCAGCACCGCAACAACAGAUCGUUGCGCCCGUAGAGCGCACACCGGAAGCUGCCCCACCCGUGGUGAACGGACACCCGCCGACGCGGCCGAACGGAGAGACCGAGUCCGCCCCAUCCGGUCCUCCCGAUCUGAAGAAGCUCAUUUAUGACCAAUUGGCCGAGAACCUGGAUGUGCAAGAGGCUAAGGAUGAUUCGGACUUGUUCGAUUUUGGACUGGACUCGCUGCAAGUAACGGAAUUGGCUAACGCCCUAAAUGCAUACAUCAUCAAGUGGUGUCCCGGAAAGGAUUUAUUGGAGCCCAAGGCUGUGUAUGACAAUCCAUCCGUGGAGAAGAUAUUGGCCCUAAUGGAGGAUGAAGUGAAAGCUUGA